AUGUCAAGUGUCACAGUUGUUGCCAGUAGGCUGGAGUGUGAUUCAUCUAUGGAUGAAACUUUGACUGACACCACAUCUUCAGAAACAGUCAUAGCACCAAGCCGAUCUACUUGUACUCACACUGGUCUGAGCAGUACCGAGGAUGGCAACACACUGACUAAUGAUUGCCCUCUGACUGAGGUGACGUCUGAAACAUCCAUGGUAGCAUCGGACAGGACGGGAUCUAACUAUGUGAGUGCUGGCAGUAGUGAUGAUACACCUGUAACUCCUGUAACGCCAUCAGAAACAACUGUUGGUGAACCAAGUGGUGACAGCAGGCCAAAUGUAGACAUACCGACAGACGAUGAACAUUCCGCAAAUGCUACAUCUGUCAAUGCGAAAUCUGAAAAGCCUGACAAAUCUAACUUCACAUCUGAAAUGCCUGACACCUCUGCUGAUGUCAUAUCUGAACUUUCUGACACACCUGCUGAUGUCACAAGUGAAAUGCCAGAUAAAUCUUCUAAGAUCACCUCUGAAAUGGCUGAUGAAUCUGAUAUCACAUCUGAAAUGAGUGACACAUCUGCCAAUGUCACAUCUGAAAUGCCUGACCCACCUGCCGAUGUCACAUCUGAAAUGCCUGACGAUUCUAAUGUCACAUCUGAAAUGGCUGACACACCUGCCAAUGUCACAUCUGAAAUGUUGGAUGAUUCUAAUGUCACAUCUGAAAUGGCUGACACACCUGCCAAUGUCACAUCUGAAAUGUUGGAUGAUUCUAAUGUCACAUCUGAAAUGCCCGAAAGACCUGCCAGUGUUACAUGUGAAAUGGCUGACCCACCUGCCGAUGUCACAUCUGAAAUGCCUGACAAUUCUAAUGUCACAUCUGAAAUGCCUGAAACGCCUGCCAGUGUUACAUGUGAAAUGGCUGACACACCUGCCAGUGUCACAUCUGAAGUGCCUCAUGAUUCGAAUGUCACAUCUGAAAUGCCUGACACAUCUGCUGAUGUUACAUCUGAAAUGACUGACAAUUGUAACAUCACAUCUGAAAUGCUUGACCCACCUGCUGAUGUCACUUCUGAAAUGUCUGAAACACCUGCCAAUGUUUCAUCUGAAAUGCCUCACACAUCCGCCAAUGUCACAUAUGUAAUGCCUGUCACAAUUGCUGAUGUCACAUCUGAGAAGCCUGACCCACCUGCUGAGGCUGAAAAUCCUGAAGAAUCUAACAUCCCAUCAGAAAUGCCUAACACAUCUGCCGAAUGCACUUCUGAAAUGCCUGACACACCUGCCGAUGUCAUAUCUGAAAUGGCUGACACGUCUGCUGAUGUUACGUCUGAACUGCCUGACACACCUGCUGAUGUCAAUUCUGAAAUGUCUGACACACCAGCUGAUGCCACAUGUGAAACUUCUGAGACAUCUGCCAAUGUCACGUCUGAAAUGCCUGACGAUUCUAAUGUCACAUAUGAAAUGCCUGACCCACCUGCCAAUGUCACAUCUGAAAUGCAGGUCACACUUGCUGAUGUCACAUCUGAAAUGCCUGACGAUUCUAAUGACACAUAUGAAAUGCCCGACACAACUGUCGGUGUCACAUCUGAAACUUCUGACAUAUCUGCUGUUGUCAUGUCUGAAAUGUCUGACAGACUUGCCGAUGUCACAUCUAAAAUGCCUGAUGAUUCUAAUGUCACAUCUGAAAUUCCUGAAACAUCUGCCCGUGUUACAUCUAAAAUGCCUGACACACCUACCGAUGUCACUUCUGAAAUGCCUAAAACAACUGUCGGUGUCACAUCUGAAACUUCUGACCCAUGUGCCAAUGUCACAUCUGAAAUGCCUGACCUACCUUCAGAUGUGACAUCUGAAAUGCCUAACCCACCUGCCAAUGUCACAUCUGAAAUGUCUAAUACACCUGCCAGUGUAACAUCCUGCCAAUGUCACAUCUAA